GCAAAAUGAACACAUCAUUCUAAUACAAAACAAAAGGAUACAUAAUAGGAAUACAUAAAAAAAAUGGUACGGUAGCUUAGUAAACAAUGUCAAAUGCUGACGUUAUGUCAAUGUUAUUAUGAUAGGUUGCAUCUCCAAUGGGAGCUGCUUGCCCUGCAGGCCAGUACUGGGAUAGCUUGGUUAAAACAUGUCUUCCCUGCAUCAUAAUGUGUCAGCAACCACUGGUUGUUACCAGAUGCACCGACUACUGUGCGUUAGCAGAUUGUGCGACACUGCCUGGACAUUACUAUGAUGCACUUCUGAAGAAAUGUGUGACCUGUUCCUAUGUUUGUGGCAGACAUCCAACACAGUGCUCCCAACACUGUGAAGCUUCAUCUGUUCCAGUUACCCCAAAAAAUGUCCUGGUUCGAGUCCCUUCACGCCUCCCGAAUCCCAGUGGGCUCUCGGUGCAAGACUCCAGCGUCCUGGUCUACUCCCUCAUGGCCCUCUGCAUGGGGCUGCUGCUGGCCAGCCUGUCUGUUGCCUUGGCCAUUUUCCUGAGAAGAAGCAAAGCCAGAAGGAGCACCGACCAGGAGCGUGUCAACAAGGCGGGCCAGGGAGUCGCUCAGCGAGGACCUAAAGAUUGUGUCGCACGCCUUAGCAGAGCUGCAGACGGGACCAGACCUACUGAGACAUCUGUUUGUGUCCAUUGCUUCCCCGAUUUCACAGCAGUCGACGAUGAGAGGCCUCACAGAGCACCUCUGACGCACAACGUCCUGAACCACACCCGAAUUCAACACCAAUGUCCUCUGUGGACUGCAGACAGGUCUCAUACUCCCACACUGGAGGUGCAGGGGGGGCCAAUGGUGGGGUGAAGCGUGUUGAGUAUACAAACACCGUUUUCAUAUGAGUUGGGAAAUUGUGUUAGAUGUAAAUAUAAAUGGAAUACAAUGAUUUGCAAAUCAUUUUCAACCC